UUAAUUCGUCCAUUUUAAACCUGGGCACACUGGUUAAAUUUCAUAUAAACAUAAAAAUAAAAUAUGCUUCCUGGCGUUGGCGUAUUCGGAACAGGUGAAAUCGCCAAUGUCCUGGUGCCACUACUGCGAGAGAAAGGUUUCGAAGUUAAAGCGAUAUGGGGACGCACACUAAGAGAGGCCAAAGAAACGGCCAACGCACAGAAUGUUACAUUCUACACAAACGUCAUAGACGAGGUGCUCCUGCGCAAAGAUGUCGAUUUGGUGUUUAUAGUGUGCCAGCCGUUUCUGCAUGCCGAGAUCUCUGUGAAGGCACUAGGAAUUGGAAAGCAUGUAGUGUGUGAUAAACCAGCUGGCCUUCAUCAGACAGACUCUAUGAAAAUGGUGCGUGCAGCACAGUAUUACCCGACACUUAUAUCUCUGGUGAAUCAUCCAUUGCGAUUUCUGCCUGCCUUUACGCAAAUGCGACGUUGUCUACAGGAUGGACUUAUCGGAUCGCUGGGAGAGGUGGUUCUAAUGGAUGUGCGUGUGCAAAUGGGCACACUAUUCCCUGAAAAGUACAACUGGAUGUGUGAUGCUCAGAUGGGCGGUGGCGCCCUGAAUCUGGUGGGCAGCGUUGUGGAUCUUGUUCACUUUCUGUUGCAACAGCAGGCAAUUCGUGUCCACGGUGUGCUGAGAGCUUACACCAAAACGACGCCUUCCAUCAAUGGCAUACGCCAAAUAACUGCACCAGACUUUUGCAAUUUUCAAAUGGAGCUUUCGAGUGGCACGCUCGUCACGGUAGCCCUGCAUAGCCACACUGUGCCGACAAAAAGUUUUUCUCAAGAGGUGCUCGUCUAUGGCAGCAAGGGGCAUCUUGUGGUACGAGGCGGUGAUCUUUUUAUACUUAAGGAGUCCCAGCAAAAGGAAGAAGCUGUCUACGUGGAUGUUCAGGAUUUGCAUGUUUCCACUAACAACUCUUUGCUGCCACGGCCAUACAUCAAAGGACUGUGCAAAAUGGUGGGCGCCCUCAAGGAAGCCUUCAAUAGCAAAGAAUCCAGCUGGAUAAAAGCGCCUGUCUCCACUGCGGCUACCUUCGAAGAUGGCCUUUACGUACAAGCCGUAGUCGAAGCUAUACGAAAAUCGAAUGAAACACGUCAAUGGCAACGCGUCCAAUUGACCACAGAUGUGCCCCUAAACCAUGACCAGAUUAUAAGAUAUGGAUAUGCGCGAAUGUCCACCAUGUGAAUAGUGUAUUUGUAUGUGUGCACUUCCGCUGUACUCCCCAAAACGCCUUUCCACCAUUAACGUAUUUAACUUAUUGUUUACAGCAUUUACAUUUUGCAUUAAUAAAAAUACGCCGUAGCUUAUUAAGACUACUUAAGAGGAAAAUGAUUUGAAUGAUGUGGGUAUAUGUCUCACAGUUUGUAGAUGUAUUUGGGUAUUGCUCUUUGAACUUUUUCAAUCAAAGAUACGAUGUGGGAUUAUCACAUUGGGCACUACGAAAGCAGAAAUUAUCAAGCCAUUGCUAAAAAGUAUUAAUAUUUUUUUUAAGUUAAAUAAUAAUUUUACAUAUACGGACAAGCUGAACUUUCUGUGGGCUAACUAUUCGGAAAAGCUUGAGUCUUUUAUAUUUGAUAAUAUUUUCUUAAAUUGUUAUUAGGCUGCAGUCGUUAGAUUCCUAUUAACUAAUCUCUUAAACGAGAUCUAUACAUUUAGAUUGUUUUGAUAUAACAACGUAAUGUACUAGGAGUUGCUUCCUUCAUUUCACUUAUAUACUCUAUAUGCAUGUCUGCUUAAACAAGUAAAACCUUUCUUACGAAAUAAUAA